GCAGGGCCAGUGGCAAGAGCGUUUUGGUUGUGGAUGCUACGGGAACGACAUUACAGAUUGGCGGGAAAGACACUGCCGCGCGAACUGUUAGUCACAGACUCUGGACAUACGUCUGCUUGCGACUGUAAGGCACGGCUGAUGUCAUCUCGCUGUGGCGCUAGCGCUUGGCGCAGAUGCCUAGGGUGCCAACGGAGCUUCUCCUCCGUGAGGGAUGACAUGAGCUUGUUGAGCACGCAAAUCGUCGACAAUGUCGCGGUGGUUCGAUUUCUCUCACCAGAAGGUCAAUUCUCUUGGGGCACCCGAGUGUGGGAGCAUCGCAUCAAUCCAUCCCUCAUCAAGCAGGUUAACCAGGCGCUGGAUGAAGCGGAAAACGCUGGUGUUCAAGCGCUUUUGGUGACAGGUGAGGGAAAGUUUUUUUGCAAUGGAAUGGAUCUUCAGUACAUCUCCGCGCAUGUCAGCCAGUCCACUGAGAUUCAGACUGACGCAGAGAACUUGAUGAGACGCAUUCUGACUCUGGGAAUGCCGACGGUUGCAGCAGUGAAUGGGCACAUGACAGCAGCAGGGGCAAUGCUGGGACUGUCCUUUGACAAGCGGUUGAUGCCAGCUGAUUCCAAAAGUCUAUUCUUCAUUCCCGGCAUAGACAUUGGUUUGGUCUAUUCUCCUGGCAUGACGGAACUCAUGAAGGCAAAGAUGCCCCUUCCAAUGUGGACAGACGUGCUUUGCAUGGGCAAGAGGUACAAAUCUGAGGACCUCCUCAAACAUGGUGUAGUGGAGGCGACGCCACCGCCUUCUGACCUCUUCGAUGCCGCAAUGGAGCUCGCCAAGUCUUUGAAAAGCAAAGGCAAAGACCAGAAGACACGCGAGACGAUGCGAGGCAUCAAAGGAAAUUUGUACAAGGAUGCCGCUGCACAUCUUGGAAGCGCAGUUCAAGAUAUGGGCUUUGCCACUGGAACCUUUUCAGUGUCUCGUAGCUGCCCUCAUGGCAUCACGCUGGCUAUGGCAUUUGUCAAAGGCAGUCAUUGGCAGUACCGGUGCCCCUUCAGAAAGGCAUGGGUGGAUGUGAGUGCUGAUGAAGAUCGCCAGCUGAAAGAAGCUUACCUAGCAUUGCCCCGAGGUGGGCAGCCUGUGGCGAUGUGCAAGAUCGGCAGCCUCAAGUUCUCGACCGACUUCCGGAACCUCAUCCGCACCAAUGUGGCCAGCAAGCGCACCAUGGAGGUGCGCCUCCGGGAUGGAGACCUACCCUUUCCAACGCCCAAGGGCCCUGAAGCUCCCUCAGAAGCCUCCUUGGGCGCCAACAGUCCGGAAAGCAUCGCUCCUUGUGAGCUGGAGGCGGCCAGAACAGUGCCACAUUCAGUUCGAAAAGCUUGGGGCCAUGGGAUUGAGAGCGGUAUCACCAUGAGCGGAGAGUUUGAAUUCACCAUGGAGGCAUCUGAGAAGGAGCUCUUCGGGGAGAUGCUAAGUUGGAAUAUGCUCGCUGCAGGCAUCUCGCCACAGUCGCUGGACAACCGGUGUUUGAAGUUCACCAGUAGCCAAGGAGAAGUGAGCAUGGGCAGCAAAAAGGAGAUUGCAAAGAUGCUUGGGAAUCCUCGAGCCUACCCAAUUCAUAUUUCUUACAAGCCUCAUCCAGCGUUCAAGUUUGUAGCUCCUCAGUAUGUCCCGCAUAUGGAGGUGACGCGGACCAUGCUGAAAUUCACACAAACAGCCGUGGCUGAGCUGGAUGGGAAAUUGGACAAUGUGAAGCACAAGCACCAGAGAAGAACCUUCGAACGGUAUUUGCUUUACUUGGAGGAUCACUAUUAUCAAACCGGCGAUGACCUCAGCGAUGCCCUGGAUAUGGAGGCCGUUGUGAACAAAUAUCCGGAGACUGCGUUUUCCUUUCUCCUCAUCAACAAGACUGGGCCUGGGCUCUCCAAAAUCCUGCGAGGAGAGAUUGACGUUCUAGAGUAUUUAUUUGGUGGCUGA